CGUUGAUGGCCCAGGCCUGUGUGCGUUACAGGGGGAGCUGGCGUAGCUCUGCGGGUUCGCUCAGGCAGAUUCGUUUUUGGGAAACUAACGGCAGCCAUCUCGCCCUGAGGCGGCACCGAUCCCCCUGAGCCGCCUAUCGGGCUCUUUCGGUUCCGUGACGUACUAAGGAAGCGCCCGACUUUAGCCUGGAUAGUCACGUGAUAGCAAGCUCCUAUAGAUUGUGAUGGAUUCCAUGUCUGCAGAGGAACAAAGAAACCUAACCAGCCCCAUGAACGAGCAGGGGACUCUCGCCUCACACGAUGAUGGACUUGACCAAUUGGCCAUUAAAGAGGAGGAGGACGAGGAGGCGGUGUCUGGAGGAGAGAUUGGCACUUCUGGCGGGGUCGGGAGAGAUCAGGAAGUGACGGUGGAGAUUGGGGAGACCUACCUGUGCCGGAGAGCAGAUAACACUUGGCAUUCUGCAGAGGUGAUCCAGUCGCGGCUAAACGAACAGGAGGGUCGGGAGGAGUACUACGUGCAUUAUGUAGGCUGUAACCGGCGACUGGACGAAUGGGUGGACAAGAACAGACUGGCGCUGACCAAGACCGUGAAAGAUGCCGUCCAGAAGAACACAGACCAAUACCUGAAUGAACUCUCUGAGCAGCCGGAAAGAAAGAUCACCCGAAAUCAGAAGAGGAAACACGAUGAGAUCAACCACGUGCAAAAGACGUACGCAGAAAUGGAUCCGACCACCGCUGCCCUGGAGAAGGAGCAUGAAGCAAUCACGAAAAUCAAAUACGUGGACAAGAUUCACAUAGGGAAUUACGAGAUCGACGCCUGGUACUUCUCUCCGUUUCCCGAGGAUUAUGGGAAGCAGCCGAAGCUGUGGGUGUGUGAAUACUGCCUGAAAUACAUGAAGUUUGAGAAGAGCUAUCGAUACCACUUGGGUCUCUGUCAGUGGCGGCAACCCCCGGGGAAGGAGAUUUAUAGAAAAGGCAAUAUCUCCGUGUAUGAAGUGGAUGGAAAAGACCACAAGAUCUAUUGUCAGAACCUCUGCCUCCUUGCCAAGCUCUUCCUCGACCACAAGACAUUGUACUUCGAUGUGGAACCCUUUGUGUUUUACAUUCUGACAGAGGUGGACCGACAAGGAGCUCAUAUCGUGGGAUACUUUUCCAAGGAGAAGGAGUCGCCGGAUGGAAAUAACGUGGCUUGCAUAUUGACCCUCCCCCCGUACCAGAGGCGGGGCUAUGGAAAGUUCCUCAUUGCUUUCAGCUAUGAACUCUCUAAGCUGGAGAACACGGUGGGUUCCCCUGAGAAGCCGCUCUCUGACCUGGGCAAGCUCAGCUACCGCAGUUACUGGUCCUGGGUUCUGCUGGAGAUCCUGCGAGAUUUCCGCGGGACGCUCUCCAUCAAGGAUCUCAGUCAGAUGACCAGCAUUACCCAGAAUGACAUUAUCGGCACCUUACAGUCCCUGAAUAUGGUGAAAUACUGGAAGGGACAGCAUGUCAUCUGCGUCACCCCCAAACUGGUGGAGGAGCACCUGAAAAGCGCCCAGUAUAAGAAGCCACCAAUCACAGUGGACUCUAUCAACUUGAAAUGGGCCCCCCCAAAGCACAAGCUACUGAAGGUCACCAAGAAGUGAGGGGACGAGACGGCAGAACAGAAGUGACAGUGAAUGGGCCGCAACGCGUUCCACCUUUCAACUUUGUGUUGUACCUGGAAUGGCAUUGAAGCUGAUUGGCUCCUAUUAGCAAUGCUGUGCAUGCAGGAUCUGUCGGCUGGAGGACUCGCCGGGGGCAGCCCCCCCACCCCCGAGCAUUGCCGGAGGGGCCACGGAUCCGCUGCGCGGCGCUGUGGGCGCCAGAGACUUUUGCGUUUCUUACGAGCACGCACUUUGUGCGGAACUGAUUGUCGUCCCUACUCCCGAUAGCCGGGGAAGCGAUGGGGGGAACUUCAGUGUUGGACAUAUAAACAUUUACUGUAGUUACAGAUCUUAGAAAUGUUUGUAUAUAAUAAAAUAUUUUUAUCUAAA